GGCUGGCCGGGGGUCAGCGGUAGCUGGUUCAUUAGCGCGAGAUCACUCGGUAAACUUAUUGGCUGUGACAAUCUAGUGUUGAGAUCAUUGAAAAGGAGGCCACUCUUUCCACGUAAUUGGGCCUGGAACAGCCAAGCAAAUAAAAGCCCCCCCCCCUUGCAUGAAGCUUUUCUCAACGACUCUAUGCUCCCUCACUCACUCCGUCAAGCUCUCAGCAACAGCUCCCCGUGGACUUCUUUUUUCGCCUGAUGCAUGCUGCUGAGCUCCUCUCACAUUCGAUCUUUUCGUCCAAUGGUUCACCUCAUCCGGCUUUGGAAGACUUCAUCUGAUUAAGCGGCAAGGUAUCCAUAGCGGAAACGAUUUGCUCUUCUCUCCUUUGACGGCAAUGCUAGCUGUCUGGAGUCGUGCUUGUUAAAGCUCCAAUGUUUGUUCUAAUUAAAAUUGAACACGUGUGGGGCAGUUUCAGCUCUCCGAGUUCAAAUCAUGGAUUAUAGGAUUCUAUAUUUUCUGGAUAUUUUGUUAGUAAAAAUCCCCAAGGCACGCUCGCCCAUUUUCUGCAGUCAAGAGAAGUCUUUGCCCAGUGGGCUUUUGAGUCAAGUGAGCAAUGAAGUGGAUCCAUCCCGAGUGAGUGAUGAGUGGUCAAUCCCCAGAGUUGCGAUCUUGACCUCCACGCCAACUGUUGUCCUUCCCAAAGGAAAACAAACACCAGUCUAAUCCCCACAUGUGCGUAUGUGUCUUCUCGCCAUGGAGGUCAUCUUCAAUCUGGUAACUGCUGACACCUCACCGCCUCCGACACCUACCACCGUCGAGCGGUCGGAUGUGAGCGGGUUGAGCCAAACUCCACCUGCUGUCGACUCUUCGGACGAUGCGACUCUGGAUCCUCAGCGCACCAAGCAGGCCAUCUCCCAGCUGCAGCAGAAGAUCCUCAAACUCACAGAACAGAUUAAGAUCGAGCAGACAGCCCGUGACGAUAAUGUUGCCGAGUACCUCAAACUGGCAAACAAUGCGGACAAACAGCAAAGCACGCGCAUUAAGCAGGUUUUUGAGAAAAAGAACCAGAAGUCAGCGCAGAGCAUCCAGCAGCUGCAAAGGAAACUGGAUCACUACCACCGCAAGCUGCGGGAAGCGGAGCACAACGGAAUCCCCCGGCAACCCAAGGACGUUCUUCGGGACAUGCAGCAAGGCUUGAAGGAUGUGGGCGCCAAAGUGACGGGCUUCAGCGAGGGUGUGGUGGACAGCGUCAAGGGAGGCUUGUCCAGCUUCUCCCAUGCCACGCACUCGGCCGCUGGGGCCGUCGUCUCCAAGCCGCGCGAGAUCGCCUCGCUGAUCCGGAACAAGUUCGGCAGCGCAGACAACAUCUCGUCAUUCAAAGACUCGCUGGACGAGCCCUCGGGGGAAGAAGGCGUCGCCGCGGCUCGUUCGCUGGGCACCGCCGGUCAUCACUUCCAAUCCAGUCCCAAGUACGGCAGCGAGGACGACUGCUCGAGCGCCACCUCCGGCUCGGUCGGGGCCAACAGCACGGCGGGGGCGCCCGGCGGGCCCCCCAGCUCCAAGGGAAAUAUGCUGGAGAGGGCUCAUGCCUCUGGCGUGGACAUGCUGCUGCAGGAGGUCCAGGAGCUGAGGGAGAGCCAGGCCAGGCUGGAGGAGACUCUGGAUGGCUUGAAGAGUCACUAUCAGCAGGACUACACACUCCUCAUGCAGGCGUUGCACGAGGAACGCUUCAGGUGUGAACGCUUGGAGGAGCAGCUGAAUGACCUGACAGAACUUCACCAGAAUGAGAUCCUGAACCUGAAACAGGAGCUGGCCAGCUUGGAGGAGAAGAUCGCCUACCAGUCGUACGAGAGGGCGCGAGACAGUCAGGAGGCGCUGGAGGCGUGUCAGACGCGAAUUUCCAAGAUGGAGCUCCAGCAGCAGCAGCAGCAGGUGGUGCAGUUGGAGGGGCUGGAAAACGCCACGGCCAGGACGCUCCUAGGCAAACUGAUCAACGUGCUGCUGGCCCUGAUGGCCGUCCUCCUGGUCUUUGUGUCCACCGUGGCCAACUGCGUGGUGCCUCUGAUGAAGACGCGCUCGCGCUCGCUUUCCACCCUCCUGCUGGUUAUCCUCACGGCCUUCCUGUGGAGAAACUGGGACGCGCUCUCUGGUUACAUGCAACAAGCCCUGCGGCCCCCGGGAUGACCGCCGCCACGCGUUUAAUUGGGUACGUGUCACGGCAGGUGACGAAAGCAAAUAGCUACCGUCGCACGACGGCUUGGACAAGAGAGCCGCGUGGACGCCUUUGGACUCGCUGAAAGUUCAGACGGGCUCAUUUGGGAAGCGGCUCGGGGUCGACUCGGAGACGAAGAACCUCAGUCCACAAAGGACUGAACUGUUUACAUUUUCUUUCUUUCUUUCAAAUCAACUCUUGUGUCGAUUUCCCUUCACAUAACUGCAUUGUACUGUUUCUUAAUUCUAGAUUUUAAUGAACACUCUUUGUAAUUAACCUUAUUUUAUUCAGUUCCAUGUAGCAGGGUUUAGGAGGAGGGUUUUAGUCAUCUCACCUCAAACAAACAUGUGGUGAAAACGCCGCGAUUGGGCAACUCCAACCAAAACCUCAAACCUCAUUUUGCUGCGAUGAAAUGCGUUCCGACGGAACCUUGGAGAGUAGCCACGACUAAAGACUUUUUUUCUCUUCUUCACCAUUUUUUAAUUGCAAACUUGAUGUGGGUUUUAAUUUUCUUUAGAAG